AUGGCUCAUCCUCGCCCAGGAUCUUGCACGUCGUGCCGGGCGGGUACUGCGGGACGCCGAAGUGGUUGUAUCUCGUGCCCUUGGGAUGGGCACCGGGUGGGAGAAUCGGACGGACGUUGUGUGAACGAGUGUACGGGAUUGGCAGCCAUGGUUUCUGGUGGGUGGUUCAGUGCUCCUUCCUUCGUCUAUGCCAUCCACGUGUUUUCGCGUUCUAGCGCACCACUCCACCGGUCCUCAAGCUUCGCCAGAGCUACGAGAUAUCUCCUCCCAGCACCUGUCUUUCUCUUGCUGAGCUCUUCUCAUCUUUCCACUCGUUCUCUCACCGUGGCUCUCUCGCUUGUUACGGGCUUCCGUCUCAUAUCACUCAGCAUGCCUUCGUCAGUUGCUAGCGACGACUCGGGUAACGAUGAAGGCUUCAUCGUUGAAAUUGAUGCCAUCCAGGCACACGGCAUCAAUGUAGGCGAUAUUGCAAAGCUCAAAGCCAAUGGCUACUACACCAUCGCCUCAGUGCAUGCCGCGACGCGCCGGAACCUGUUGAAGAUCAAAGGCUUCAGUGAGAUCAAAGUCGACAAGGUCAAGGACGCGUUGGCGAAGUGCCAGCCCUCAGGAGGUGGCUUUCAGACUGCACACGAGCUCGGCCAGCAGAGAAAGCGUGUCUUGAAGAUCUCGACCGGCAGCAAGCAGCUCGACACCGUCCUCGGCGGUGGCUUCCAGACUAUGAGCAUCAGCGAGGUCUUCGGCGAGUUUCGCUGCGGCAAGACUCAGCUGUCUCACACCAUGUCGGUCAUCGCACAGCUGCCGAAGGACAUGGGCGGCGCCGAAGGCAAAGUGGCCUACAUCGGUAUGUAA